AUGAAAACGUGGGUGUUGAUUGCGGCGUUAGCCGUAGUCGCACUUGCUGCCGAUCUUCAGAAAGAGCAAAUCCGGAAAGUAUUGAAAUCUUGGAAUAAUCGGGAUGGAAAGAAAUAUAUUAAUCCAGUUUCGGAAACUUAUGUUUCAGUUUUUGAAAAUGAUCAAGAUAUUUUGGUAAGGUUUUCCCAGGUUUUGUUUUAAAAGAAUGUCAACGUUGAUUUUUCAGAAUACCCAUAGAAUUUCAAAACGGUCAGUCAGUCCUCACAGUUUUGCUGCGUCAGUGACACGUGGAUGUAACAAACCUGGAUACACCGGAGAAACCUGUCAAUAUCGUGAGUUUCUAAAAUAUAAUUUCAGUUAACAACGUUUAAAAAAUUUCAGCACUUUGUACCCAACGCGCCCCAAUUAUUCCAAACGAUGCUUCAACUGAUCAAGUCGCAAUUGAUGGACAAAAUCUUGCAAAUUGUUCAGAAACCAUGGUUGUUUUGGUUGACGAAACCAUGUGGGAUAUUUUGCUUGAAAUUGAAACCGAAUCACCGCUCAAUCCAACUUUUUAUCUUCAAGCUGAAGAUGGAACUUUGAUCUUCCCGGAUUCAGAUGUUCAACGACCAUCAUAUUACACAGCUCAUUACACUUUCUUGGCUCCUGGACAAUAUUUAGUUGGACCACGUGCUGAUACUGGAGAACAAUUCUGUACUUUGAUGAUGAGCUCUCGCACAAGUCUUAAAGUUACUGGAGGUUUCACCACUGGAUCACAACCAGAACGCAAUGAUUAUCCAACUGUUGGAUAUGCCUAUUUUGAUACUGAAUCAGUUCUUGCUAUUCAUGCUCAAGGAUUGGAAUAUCCUGGUGUUAUCAGCGCUGUUGGAUUCACCGGAGCCGAAAAUGUAAGACAGUGAAUAUCAUCGACUGUGUUUCAUAAACACCUUACACACUCAAAAUCAUAUUUUUUAGCACAUCAGUCGAUUCAUUCCAAUUGGAACCCGUUUCAAUUGCACAUAUCCAUAUAUUUUGGAACGUUAUACCUGUGCUCGCACUACCAACAAUGACGUCGGUCAUAACUAUUUCCAAGUUGAAGGUAUCACCAACUCCGGAUACAAAUUCCGUCGUGCAAUUUCAUAUCAAUGCGUUUGUAAGUUCUAAUUACCUUUAAAGUGUCCUAGUUUAAAACAAAACAAUUUUUCAGUGCCACCAGCAACCCCAACUGCUUCACCCACACCAACACCUGCACCAAUCACAAGUUGCCAGAAUGAUGGUCAACUUCUCACUGAUACUGACGGAACAAACUAUUGUUAUUGUUUUGGACUUUUCACUGGACCUGAUUGUGGAACUCUUGUUUGUGAUAACGGUGGUUAUGUUUUGACUCCAACUAGUCAAACUUGCACAUGUCCUGAAGGAUUCUCCGGACGUCAUUGUUCAAAUAGUUAGAUUUUUCUAUAAACAUCAACAAAAUUUCAAAAUUAUUGUUUCAGUUAUCUGCACUGACACCACUGGACUUUCAUUCGAUGCUGAACAUCCAACAUUGACUCUUGUUAUUCGAUCAAGAUCCGAACUUUCAAAUGUCAUCGAACAAGUCAAAGAUGCCACUCAAUCGUUGGUUGAUGCUAUGACUCUUGACGCCGAUUAUUUGACCAGUUAUAUCGUUGUCCUUUUUGAUAACAAUAGUAAGCCAAUUUUAUUUUUAUUAUCUAUACAGUUUAAAAAAAAUGUGCUCAUCAGAAAAAAUGAUAAUGGUUUGAUCUUUGCAGAGUUGUUGAGCAAUAAGAGAUAUAGCUCAUGGGAUGAUGUUUUGACCGAUUUGACAAAGGCUAUUCAUUCCGCGCCAACUGACGGUGGAUGUGAAGAUUCAGUUUUCUCAGCUAUCUCGUGAGUUUUGAGUUGAAUUAAAAGUUUUGGUUGUAGAAAAUAUGAAAAAUGAACUGAUUCCAAUUAUUACCAAUUUUUCAAAAAUGUUUCAGAGCCGCUCUUUCAUUAUAUCCAAACAACAAAUCGCCACUCUACGUUAUUACCGACGCCAAUCCAAAUGACAGCCAAGAAAAAGAAACCGCCUUCCAUCUUGAAUCAUAUUGGCGUGCACCAACCUACUUCAUAUAUGUUCCACCAGCACCAGCUGACAAUUGCAACACUUCACCAGAUAGUUCCGGAUUCAGAGAUUAUGCUGAUAUUGCCACUCGUACCAGCGGUAACACCUUCUACAUUUCCAACAGAACUGCUGUUCAAGGAGUGAGUUUUUCUUCAAUGUGAAUAUCAUAACAACAAAUUUUUUUCAGUUCUUGACUCAACAUUAUUUGAACACCUUCUAUUAUUCACAACUUAUUUUAUCUGGAGAUUAUUCGCAUUGUGGACAACAAAAUCUUUAUAAAUCUGUUGCUGCUGAUCAAGACACUGAUAUGUUUGUCGUUGUUGCAACUGGUAACAAUUUGACACUUAUCCUCACUGAUCCAUUCGCAAACUACGUCACUUUGGAAAACACAUAUUCUGAUGGUCAGAAUUACAUUUGGGUGAAACGUGGUGCAGUCUCAGGACAAUGGUUCUUCACUCUUAUCGCUGGUCAAACCAAUGAUGCUUGCUCAUUCCGUGUUUAUCAAAAGAAAUUCAACCCACCAGGACACAAUGCACAAUACAGUCCAUCUUUCGAUAUUUUCUGGGGAUUCACUGCUGAUAUCACCGCUCCUGGACAAUUCAGACAACCAGUUCUUGGCUUUGAUGCAUCACCAGUUUUCCACGUCACAAAUUAUCCAGCUUUCAUCUCGAUGGAUCGAAUUCAUGCAAAUUUGCAAAUUUAUUCGCAACGUGAUGGUUUCCAAACUGAAGUUUAUGGAUCUUCUGGAAUCUGGAGAGAUGGUUGUGAAUACAACUUCUAUUUUGCUCCAUUUACAUGCCGUGUUCCAAAUGAAGUUCUUUAUUUCAAUGUAAGUUCAAUGGGUUACCAAAAUCACACUAUAGCCCUAAAUGUAUUAUUUUCUAGUUCUUUGCUCGUGAUCGUUUUGACCAAACACUUCAACGUGCUGGAACAAUGUAUUGCUCUGAAAGUAAGAUCACAUCCCCAUAUAUAUAUUCAGGAUUCACAAAUAUAAUUUUCAGUCCACCCAACACCUCCACCAGAUCACACUUGUCAAAACGGAGGAGUAAUGAACCCAGCCAACACUACCUGCUUCUGUCCACCACAAUUCACCGGAACUUAUUGUCAAUCUAUUGUUUGUUACAAUGGAGGAACCGUUAACGGAAAUAUGUGUACUUGCCCACCAGGAUAUGCUGGAGAAAAUUGUGAACUUCCAAGAUGUGUUGAAACCGGACCAACUCCUGAAUUCCUUCUUCUUGGAGUUGACAUGGUUUUCGCUGUUGAAUUGACCGCUCAAUCAAUCGCAUCUGUCGCCAUUUUGAACACAAACUUUGAUGAGAUUCUUCGUGAUGUUCAAAUGCAAGAUCGUAGAUGGAUUCGAAACUUUGUUCUCGUUGGAUUCAACUCAACUUGGGGAGGAGUUAUUGCCGAAUCACCAGCCUACAAUACCACUGCAGUCACUUCUGCCUUGGCUAACCUCGCCUCAACUGUCCCAAGUGAUACUGGUUGCACUGUCAAAUUGUGGGAUGCUUUGGAUCAAGCAAUCUUCCAAAGAGAUAUCACUCCAGGAUCUUUCAUCGAAAUCUUCCAGGUACGAGAAAAAAUGUUUCAUGAAAACUUCUGAUGAAUUUUUUUCAGACCACUCCAGAAGAUGAUACCGAUGCUCGUAGUCUUGGAACUUUCUAUGAUAUGUCCCGUGCCAUGGAUAUUGUUGCCUAUGGAUUCCUCGCCAUUUCGCCAAGACAAGCACCAAAUGGAUUUGCUUGCAACGCCACAAUUGUGAGUUUUUCAAAAUUUAGCAUAAGUUUUAAAACAUAAAAUUGAUUUUCUAAAAAUGUCAAACAAAAAAUCUAAUCAUUCAGGAAAAUUACUACACACUUCUUGGAGUCGUCGCCGGAUCCACUGGAGAUACUUACACCCUUCAACCCGGAGAGAUUUCAAACGUGAGAAAUCGGGAAUUUUCAUCAAUAAUAUGUAAUUUAAAACAUUCCAGGCUAUCAGACUUAUCCCACUUCAAUAUUCCAAUGGAAUGGUUUCAUUCAACUGGGAUAACGAUUGUAAUCAAGAUCCUGGACUCACUGCAUAUUUCCCAGUCGAUGCUUACACUCAAACUAUUCAACUCAACGUUUUCGGUUAUAACACAACCGUUUCUGUUUACAACGGUGACGGUGUUGUGCAAGAAGCUUUGGAAUUGUUCUAUGAUGAUUUCUCUGGUGUUAGUACUUAUGAAGUUCGAAAAGCUUGCGAUGAUGGAUGGCAAAACUACGGACAAUCGUGUUUGAAAUUCAUUUCGGGAGUUGAUGAGAUUCUUCAAAUGCCAGCUGCUAAGAACUUCUGUUCUACUGCUGGUGGAUUCUUGGCUGAUGACAUUUCUUAUGAAAAGAACGCUUUUCUUUUCGGUAAGUUUCUCAAGAGAAAAUAUUUUAGAAAUUUUUGAAAGUAAUAAUUUAAUAGAUUUUUGUGUUGAAACUAGAACUUGUUUUUUAAGGUCCCCAUUCUUAAUCUAAUUUUCAACAGGUACCGCCGCCAAGACUCAAUUCUGGAUCGGUCUCUACAACAACAACUCACAAUGGCUUUGGGAUCGCGGACAAAACUUCGACCCACAACCACUCAGUCAAGCCAAUCUCUUCUGGGGAAAUAAUGAGCCAAGCACUGAUGCCAGCAAACAAUGCGUCUAUUUUGAUGGAGCUGCUUCUGAUUCUUCCAAAACUUGGAUUACCGAUUCUUGCUCAACACCAAGAGCAUUUGUUUGCCAGAAACAUCGAUAUGAUCAAAAUUAUCAACCAAACAGAAUCAAUGAUGAUGAUCUUGCUGCUGGUAUGUGGUAUGCAAAGAUCAAGACAGCGCCGACUAAUCCAGCCUAUCCAACUCUAUGUACAUUGAGCGUUAGAGUUCAAUCUAGUCUUCAAAUUAUUUCUGGAUUCACAACGAAUGUUGGAAGUGAUAUUCCAGUCAUUGAUCCAAUUCAAGAUUCCAGUUAGUUAUUUUAUUUUAAUAAUUUAAAAAUUAUGAAUUCAGUCAAAUGAUACAAUGUUGUUUUUUUUUAGCUGCUAACCGUCUUAUCACUUACAUCCAUAGUUUGGAUAACGAAAACCGCUCACCAAUUUUAACUGACGCAAUCAUUCUUGAUGCUUAUAAUGGAACAUUCUACAACGGAGUUAAAUAUUCACAAAGAUAUGGAUGCAACUACAAAUAUGUCACACAAGAUUUCGCUUGUCCAAAUGGUGCAAACCAAAACAACGAAUUCGGAGUUAUUCAUAUUGGAGAAGACGAAUUCGGACACACCUUCCAACGUAUCACUUAUGGACAUUGCUCAAGAGCUGAAAUCACUUGUGGAAACGGAGGUAUCCGUCAAAAUGGACAAUGUGUUUGCAGCGACUACUGGACUGGAUCCCAAUGUACUGUACCAAUUUGCGUCAAUGGUGGAAAUCGGACUUCUGAUGAGAGAUCUUGUAUCUGUCCAGAUGGAUUUGCUGGACCAAAUUGUCAAUUAGAACUUUGCCAACCAAAUAUUCCAGAACUUUUCUCAAAUGAUAGAAAAUCAUUGGUCUUUAUGAUUGAAACUACUCAACAAAACUCUGAUACUAUCAAUGCUCUCAAGACAAAUCUUUCCAAUAUUGUUGCCAACGCACUUUCAACCAACCAAAUUUGGUUCGCCAAUUAUGGAUUAGUCACUUUUGAUUGUGAGUCAUGAAAACUAGUCCACGUAUUUAAAAACUAUUCAAACUCAAUUUUCAGCCACCGGUCGCACUUCUGAAAGAUACAACUACACUUCAAUCGAUGAAGUGGUCGCUGCUUUGGCUGCUAUCACAUUGAACGAUGCUGGAUCGUGCACUUUGCCAUACCUCGGAGUUCUUGGACACUUCCUCGAACAUGUUGAUCAAAUCGUUAUUCCAAACAGUGAAAUCUUCUUGAUCACUUCUGCUGGACCAUCAGAUCUUGGAAGUUACACAGAGACAAUGGACAAUCUCUUCAACAUUCAAGCUCACGUAAGUUUUGAAAAAAUUUUCUGGUUAAAACGUUUUUUAUAGUUGCACUUCGUCUACUCACAAAAUCCAAGCUGUCCUGAUUAUGAUUCGCUCAGCAAUGUUUUCGAUACUGCUUGGCUUGGAUAUGGAUCAAGUGGAAACAUUUUGUUCACUUCUUCACAAUACGUAUCAGCGGUAAGAUUUUUUGAUGAAUUUAACAAAUUUUAAAUGUUUUUUUUUUCGAAAAAAACCAUCAUUAUUUUUACUUUCGUCCAGAAAAAAAAGAAAUUUUAUUUUUCAAAAAUGUUCGAUUUCCAGUUGCUCGGAUCAUACUUCCCAUCACUCUAUGGAGCAUCAAUUCUUCAAAACCCAACUGGUCAAGACAAUUUCACAUGCUCAAAUGGAAACCCAUGGUUUGUUCCAAUUGACUAUAACACAACAACAAUCUAUGUCACUCUCACUUCACCAUCCGGAAGUUUGAGUGUUACUAAUCCACUUGGAGCAACUGUAGCCGCUCAAGUUCUUUACAAUGUUGGAUUCCAAAAAGUAUAUGCUAUUGAUGUUUCACAUGUUCCUGGAAUCUGGACUUUGGGAGUCAUCAGUUAUCCAGGUCUCUGUUUCGCACAUGUUUAUUCACAAGGUGGUGCUAAGGUGUACACCAAGUUUGCUUUGACAAAUCCAGUUGGUGGAAAGAUGGAUCCAACUGGAGCUCAUCAAGACGGAAGAUCAAUUCAACCAAUUCCUGGCUUUGAAAAUGUUGCUGUUUUCCAUCUUGCUGGUGAACAUUAUCACACUGGAAAACUUCAAUACACCGAAAUUUUCGAUGCUGAUACUGCUACCAAUAUCAUUCGUUCAGAACUUUACCCAAGAUCUGGAUGUUCAUAUGAAUAUUAUUCUGAUCCAUUCACCUGUAACUCUGAUAUGAUUGUUGUAUUUGUGCACGGUGUUGAUGAGUAUAAUCAACAAUUCCGUCGUCAAGAAGUUGUUAUUUGCAAUGGUACAACUCCACCAACAGGAGCACCGCCAGGAUCCUCUAUUGCUCCAGUAACUCAAGGGCCAGUCACUCAAGGGCCAGUCACUCAAGGACCAGUCACACAAUCACCAGGAAGUUCCCAAGCUCCAGUCACUCAAGGACCAGUUACUCAAGCCCCAGGAAGUUCGCAAGCUCCAGUCACUCAAUCUCCAGUAACACAACCACCAGUAACUGCAGCUCCAUCUCUUCAAUUCGACGUUGUCUUCAUUAUUGAUGGAAGUCAAUCGGCUCAAACAAGCUUCGACACAUUCACAAAAUUCAUUCAAACAUUGAUGAUUGCUUUUGAUGUCGGACAAACUGGUGCUCGAGUUGGAUUGAUUGUUGCCGCUGGAGAUGACACAAACCCAAUGCCAGCUGCAGCUCAACUCGAUUCAAUUCGUUCACAAUCAUCGUUGAUUGGUAAUUUGAAUGGAUUGAAGGAUAGUUACACUGAUUUUGAUACCGCCGGACAACCAAUUUACUCGUGAGUUAUUUUUUUCAGUUCAUUCAAAUCAAGUUUCUAAAUUUUUCGAUGAGGUGAAAUUAUUCUCGGGGAUUCUGUCACAAAACAUGAAAGCUUAACUGAUAGAAAUCUAUUAAUUUUUCUAGUGACUUGGGAAUUGCCUACUCAGCCGAUUAUCGUCGAUCCGGUUACCGUUCCACAACCAGCAACCACUUGAUCAUCUACAUCACAGCAUCUACCUCAUUCGGAACUGAUCCAACUGCUGUUGCUCAACAAAUUUUGUCAAGCAAGACAUAUGGAAUCAUCACUAUUGGAUAUGGUCCAACUGUUGAUAACUCAAAAUUGUUGGCUCUUUCGGGAGGAGCUGCUUGCUCAUUCACUGCUAAUGAUGUCACCACUUUGAAUAAUCAAAUAACACCAAUUCAAACUUUGAUCAAGAAUGCAGAGUUAGUUUUAUUUUGUUUUUUUUCUGUGAAAAUAUUUUAUAUGUUUUUUUUCAGCGCAAACGGCGGAGCAUAUUGUGGAGUUUAA